UCUCCAUUCCAAAAGCUGAGUGCCGCGCGCUGCGCUGCGACAGAAGGAGUGGCACAGCGUGUGUGUGAUCGUGAUUCGUGAACGUGUGUGUGAUAGAGAGAGAGAGAGAGAGAGAGAGAGAGAGAGAGCGAGAGAGAGAGAGAGAGCGAGAGAGAGAGAGAGGACGACUGUGUGUUCAAUAGAGAGAGAGAGUCAGAGAGAGAGAGAGAGAAAGAGAGAGAGAAAUGUGUGAGUGAAUCUCGCGCAUAUUGCUGGAAUCACCGAGUAUCACACACCUCUGGACAUCUCUGGACUCUCCGCGGUCAAACCGUCAAUGUAGCUGUGUGUGUGAACUUUAAUUAAACUAUUCGAACACCCCAUCUAUACGGACUGGGACACAAAGCUCGGGAAGCUCCGUGUGUUGGAAGGCGCUGCGCGCUGCAGACAUGGGUACUGUUCUGUCUCUGUCGCCGAGGUCAAAGAAGGCAGCGGGCGGUGUGUGUGUGGACGAGAAACCGGACCUUGCGACCGGCGGGAAACCACAGGAGAAGAGCCUAAAGAAGCGCCACUCGGUGCUGCUCCAUGCUCUGACGUGGAAGAGGCUGGUCGCCGCAUCGGCCAAGAAGAAGAAUGCCAAAAAGGUGAAUCCCAAACCCGACGCCAGCCAGGCCAAAUCCGAUCCCUUGGUGGACCAGCUCAACACCGACAACAUCAAGAAAUCACAACCGUCCAACGGAAUACUCGACCGAAAACCGACAGGGCCCAAACCCGGGCCAAUUCCUGUGCCUGUUCCUACAGUACCGGACCAGACCCGGCGGCAGACCCAGAAUGGACGCUUAUUCAUCUCCCCUCGGAGGGUGGUGGUGCAGGCUUCCACCGGCGAGCUCCUGAGGUGUCUCUCUGACUUUCUCUGCCGCCGCUGCUUCAAGCUCAAAGAGCUCACCGCCAAUGAGGUCAUCCUGUGGUUCCGUAACGUGGACCGGGCUUUAGUGCAGGGCUGGCAGGACCAGGGCUUCAUCACCCCGGCUAACCUGGUCUUCGUCUACUUGCUCUGCCGAGAGGCCGUGGAGGAAGACACGGUGUCUGAAUACGAGCUGCAGGCGACCUUCCUCACCUGCCUGUACCUGGCCUACUCCUACAUGGGCAACGAGAUCUCCUACCCGCUCAAGCCGUUCCUGGUGGAGUCCAGCCGGGAGGCCUUCUGGGAACGGGCCCUUGGUCUCAUUGACCGGAUGAGCGGGCCAAUGCUGAGGAUAAACGCAGACCCGCACUACUUUACCGAGGUGUUCCAGGACCUGAAGAACGAGGGAGGGUCAAGGGAGAAGAAGGAGAAGGAGAAGGAGAAAGACGGGAAACGGAUAAGCGAGUUGGAUCGUUAAGAACUGGAUGAGGGGAGGAGAGAGGGAGGGGGAGGGGGAUUUGGUUUAGGAUACGGUCGCGGACACCAGCCACACACCCGCCGGUUGUUUGAGCGGGGAUUGAAUGUAUACGCUUGGUGAACCGGAUUUGGUCGGGAACCUGAGUCUGGAAUCAGGAGGAAUCAGUCACACGCCUAGCUUCACCUCGCCCGGUUACCGAACUGUCGUGUCAUGUGUUCGGUCAAAGCUCGGGGAAUCUAACGGACACUACACGGAACUUUGGGCGGAAAGAGAUAGCUAUAGUUAACUUUACUGCAUGCUGUAUAAAAAGUAUUCUGAUUGUAUCGUUAUUGUGGCUUUUGAGAAAUGGAUAGGCUAUUAUACGGUGGACUAAAGUGAUAGCUUAUAGCGCGUCAGUGUUUUGGGGAAAAUGUAUAUAUUCGUUUCAUAAGAGGGGGAACGACACCGUGCUUUCCAAGGGACUGGACUCAGUGGCGCGAGAGACGCUGCCUGCCCCCCACCCCCUCUGAACGUUGAAUGUACUAUUUUACCACUUCAAACCAACGGGAUUCUUUACCGUUAACAUGUGGCAACUGUUACUAUGGUAUUAUAAAACGUUAUGUUUUAUAUAUUGUACAUUCAAAAAUACAAGUAUAAAUCGUUACAAACGGUC